GUUUUAAUGAAAGAUAUAGUUACUCCAGUUCCUCAAGAGGAUGUGAAAAAUGUAAUCCGGAAAUGCCUGGAGCAAGCUGCUUUAGUCAACUACACAAGACUAUCUGAAUAUGCCAAAAUUGAAGGGAAAAAGAGAGAAAUGUAUGAACACCCUGUCUUCUGCUUGGCCUCCCAAGUGAUGGAUUUAACCAUUCAAAAUGUAGGUCGGUUAGUAACUCCUGCCAAAAAGCUUGAAGACACAAUACGACUUGCAGAAUUGGUCAUUGAAGUUCUCCAGCAAAAUGAAGAGCACCACGCAGAG